CCGAAAAGUUACAAAUCAUCCAGCCCCACCCUUCUGACACUCCAGAUGAUGGAAAGGACCGCGUUUGACACUUGCCGACGGCUAGCCUUUGAUUUCAGUCAACUCCAGAAAUCAAAUCCAUUUUUCUCUCGUUUUUGAGCCGCCUAGGAAAAAAAAACGGAACUUCCAUUUUCCAUGCUGUUACAGAAUUCCUCGUGUUUCUAUUGGCCUGUCUACGCCCGUAUUAAUGAUCCCUUCGCCCCUGGGCACCGUUUAUGCAAAUAUCCUUUGCCCAAAUAUGGACACUGUGGAAUGAAAUAUGGCUGGAGAAGCGAACAUGGAGGAGCGGAGAGAGGCGUUAUGAGAGCCGAGCUAAACUUUUUUUGGGGGGGGAAAGUGGAUACUGGACAAUCCAUGCUUGCUUUUUCAUUUUUGCAGAGUUGUCUGUUGUUGUUUUUCUGGGCCAAAUCCGACGACCGAGAGGAAAGUGUUGUAAUGAACUGAAGAGGGAUUCUACAUAUACAUAUUUUUUGUCCGGACAAGAGAGGACGGGGUGGGAGGGGAGGGUGAGGGGGGGCCGUCUGGCCACUGAGAGAACCCCCUCACCAUCACACCGCUAUGCCGUGGGUGAGCAGCAGCAAGCGAAGAGUGAGCUCGGAGCUGCCGCUGCCCGCUGGCUGGGAGGAAGCAAGAGACUACGAUGGCAGAGUCUUCUUCAUAGACCACAACACCCGGCAGACCUCGUGGAUUGACCCGAGAGACAGAAUUACCAAACCUUUAACAUUUGCUGAUUGUGUCGGAGAUGAACUGCCGUUAGGCUGGGAGGUUGUGUAUGAUCCACAGAUUGGAGUCUACUACAUUGAUCACAUAAACAAGACCACCCAGAUCGAGAACCCCAGGACGCAAUGGCGGCAGGAGCAGGAACGCAUGCUGAAGGAGUACCUGGUGGUGGCCCAGGAGGCCCUCAAUGCCAAAAAAGAGAUCUACAUGAUCAAGCAGCAGCGCCUGGAGCUGGCCCAGCAGGAGAUCCUGCACUUCCACGAGCUCUCCGAGGAGGACAGCCUCUCACACGCCAGCUCAUACUCUGGCUCUUCUUCAAACACAAAGUAUGACCCUGACCAAAUAAAAGCGGAAAUUGCCCGUAGGCGGGAUCGGCUCUCCAGGCUGAAGCAGGAGCUGGCCCAGAUGAAGCAGGAGCUGCAGUACAAGGAAAUGGGAGUGGAGACAUUGCAAGAGAUUGACAGGAAGAUGUCCAGCAGCCAAACCAACUACAAGCUGGACGAGGCCCAAGCCAUUUUCAGUGAACUGAGGAGCAUAAAGAAAUCGAUCAGCACAGGCGAGAAGGAGAGGCAGGACCUCAUCCAGAGCCUAGCAAAGCUCACAAUUGGCUUCCAGAACAGCUGCUGUCUAAGCGACUCCCUGCAGGACCUCCAGAGCAGCCCGGCAGCUCUCAGUGACUCCUGUUUACCUCAGCAGUACUGUGAUAUGGGCUCGCAGACUGACAUCAUCGGAGAGUUUGGAUCCCGAGAAUCCUCAAGACUGGUGGACAAAGUGAGACUCAACUGGCAGUAUGAAGAAGCCAAGAAAAGAGUGUCCAGUAUCCAGCACCAGCUGGCCCAGCUGGACAGCGAGAGUUGGCCGGGCCGGGCCGAAGCAGACCGCGACCGCGACUGCCUGCAGUUGUUGCGGGAGAAGGAGGCCCUGCUCCAGGAGCUCACCCUGCUCAGCCAGCAGCGCCGCUCGCCCGAGCAGCAGCUGCACCUGGAGGCCGAGAGGAGGCGGCUGGAGGAGGAGGUGCAGAGGGCACACGCCACAGCCGGGCACAGCGCCAGCCAGAGGAUUCUUCAACAAGAGAAAAGAAACAUUCUUCUGAGACAGCUGGAAGAAGCGACGCGGAUCACCACAUACCUGCAUUCGCAGCUGAAGAGCUUGUCCGCCAGCAGCCUCACCAUGUCGUCGGGCAGCAGCCGGGGCUCCCUGGCCUCCAGCCGGGGCUCCCUGGCCUCGAGCAGGGGCUCCCUCAGCUCCGUGAGCUUCACCGAUAUCUACGGACUGCCCCAGUACGAGCGGCCCGAGGGGCCGGGCGACCCCGACCCGCACCUGCGCUUCCACCUGCCGCCCCCAGAGGCCGUCUCCCGGGACACCGUGGCGUACGGGCCGGACCCGCUCGGCCCGGGCAGGGCCCAGCGGUCCCUGGACACCCCGCGCUCUUUGGCCUCCCUCUCGUCCCGCUCCUCCCUCUCCUCCCUCUCCCCCCCCAGCUCCCCCCUGGACACCCCCUACCACACGGCCUCCCGCGACUCUCCGCUGGCCCAGAUGACGGAGGAGUACGUGGAGCUGGCGGGAAGGGGCCUGCUGGAGGGCCUGCGAGGCCACGGCCAGCCUGCCGCCAGCACCGGCGCCGGCGCCUACCUGCCCGAGAGCAAAGCGCUCAAGGACGGCGCCCCCCAGGGGUCACCUGCCAUUGGAGGGGUGACCCUGCGCUCUAACAGUGCUGGCAGAGCAGGGCGCAGGACCAGGAGGGUGUCCGCAGGGCUGUCCGAAGACGCUCUGGCCACAGACAGUGGAGUCUUCGAGGCCUGGAGCAAAAGGUCUGAGGAAACAGAGGAGGGCUCUUAUGGUAGCUAUACUGCUGUGGGUGAACCUCUUCAGAUCUAUCUGGGUCUUCUGUAUGAUGUUGGCAGUGAAUGCCUCUUGGUUCACCUGCUUCAGCUAAAGAAUUUAAAUGGGGGCCUUGUCAAAGAAGGCUUUAAAAUCUAUGUGAAGCUUCACGUGCUGCCUCUGAACUCCAGCUCGCCAAACACUUACUGUUGCAAAGCUUUGGAAGCACAGACACUGUUAACCUUUAACGAAGGAUUCCGGAUUUCCAUUCCUUCUGCUGCUCUGGAAUGCAAGAGUCUUCAACUGUGUGUGUGUAGUAUAGGCCAGCAGGCUCAAGAGGAGAUAUUGGGGGUGGUUGAGGUGGCCCUGGCAGACUGUGAGGGCUUCCCAGAGAUGGUGUUCCAAUGGCACAGAGUCCAGACACUGGGCGCAGCUGAUCUGCACAGGAGAGGCAACGGCGGCCGGCUCACAGACGACAGCCUGCUGGAGCCUCCCAACACUGGAAUGGACGCCAAAGCCGCGGACUCGGUGUCAGCUCUGCUUGCUCGCACAACAGCCCAGCUGGAGGCCGUCGAGAGGGAGCUGGAGAGAGGGAAACUGGAGUUCUCCGAGGACGAGCUCCGGGAGAUGGAGAGGAAGGAGGAACAGACUGAGGCUGUAUCCGAGAGGAGCUGGCAGGCGGAGUCGGUGGACAGUGGCUGCAGCAACAGCACGGCGUUCGCAGCCCAGUGCGCUGAGGGGCUGUGCGGCGAGGCGGCCUGCACUGAAGCCGAGGGGCGCUGCGCCCCUGCCAGGACCAGGAAUCCUCCCCUCAGGGUAACCGAACGCAGGGUGGACAAGGAGACCAAUACCGAGGCCCCGUUCCCGGAGCAGGCGGCGGUGCGGCGGAAGGACCGGGGCGGCCGCUGGACCCACGGCUCCCCCUUUGUGCGGAGCAGCACCAUCGUCCGCUCCCAGACCUUCUCCCCGGGGGCGCGAAGCCAGUACGUGUGCAGGCUGUACCGUAGCGACAGUGACAGUUCGACGCUACCAAAAAGAUCUCCAUUUAUCAGAAAUACAUUAGAAAGGCGGACCCUGCGGUAUAAACAACAGUCCUACAGGUCCUCUCUGGCGGAGCAAUCCAUGCGAACGUCCCUGGACUUGGAGCUGGAUCUCCAGGCCUCCAGGACUCGGCAGAGGCAACUGAACGAGGAGCUGGGUGCCCUCCGGGAGCUGAGGCAGAGGUUGGAGGAAGCUCAGGGCCGAGGCACUACAGAGCUGCCUCACUGGGCUCUGCGGGAUCAGCGCUUCCGCAACUUCCUGUGGGAGGUGGAGAGACAGGUGAAGCAGAGCAAGCACGAGCAGCGGCAGGAGGAGGUGGUGGAGCGGAGGCUGAGGAAGGCAUCCAAAGAGAUCCUGCAGAUGAGGGGGCAGAGCCAAAAGGAACCACUGCCUGUCCAGACUUUCAGAGAGAAGAUAGCAUUUUUUACAAGACCAAGAUUCAACAUACCUCCUCUACCAGCUGAUGAUGUAUGAGAGCUUCCCCUUCAACACUCAAUAUGUUAUCAAAUAUGAAGUAUUUGUCUGUUUUUGUGUUUAACUUCAUGAAGUAAUUAGAACGUACUGUAGGUAGCAUUACUUUAAAGAAUCAAACUUGUGCUAAAGCUAUUAAUAUGCAAGUUUUGUAAAAAUAGAAAAAAGCUAAACAAAAUGUCUACAUUUGUGUGUGUAUACACACUCAAAUACAUAUGCAUAUAUUUUAUGUAACUAUUGACAACAACAAGGCUAGGUUUUCCUUGUUGUAAAAGUAACAUCUCUGAAAAAGCUA